AUGUACCGGCUCGGCGAGUCGAUCGAGCAUACGGACGGCGUCCACUUCAACGUGCUCGUGCCGGACGACUACGAGAAGUACGCCGAGGUGAUGGCGGGCAUCGUCCGCCACUACAACCGCGGCUGGGCGAACGGCUACCACUGGAACAUCGAGUACUGGAACUUCUGGGAGGAGCCGGACGGCAUCUCGAACCUCUGGUGUCUGCCCGGGAAGGACGGACAGGACGCGAUGGCGAUGCGCAAGCGGUUCAUCAAGCUCUUCGUCACGGUGAUGAAGCGCCUCAAGGCCGAGUUCCCGGAGAUCAAGUUCGGCGGGCCGGCGCUCAUCGGCUGCAACCUCUCGUAUUUCCGAGUACUCUGCGUUGAUACCACUGCU